AUGGACCCAAGACACCUCAUGGACUACGUCACCACUUAUACCUGCAGUCGGCAUAUAAAAUUGGCCGUCGACCACAGAAUCCCAACCUCCGAAUUCGGGUCCGUGAUGGAGAAAUCUCCGGAGAAUCAAUACCCAGUGACGGCCUUUGGUUGGGCAGCGAGGGAUUCGUCUGGCGUCCUGUCGCCGUUCAAUUUCUCCAGAAGGGCAACAGGAGAGAAGGACGUGACGUUUAAAGUGUUGUAUUGCGGUAUUUGCCAUUCCGACCUCCACCAGAUCAAGAAUGAAUGGGGCACCACCAACUAUCCCGUCGUCCCUGGGCACGAGAUUGUGGGUGUGGUGAGAGAGGUGGGUGACAAGGUACAGAAAUUUAAAGUUGGGGACAGAGUUGGAGUUGGGGGCCUUCUCGGAUCAUGUCACUCUUGCGAAAAUUGUGCUAGUGAUCUUGAAAAUUACUGUCCUAAGAUGGUAAUAACCCACAAUGGUACCCACUAUGACGGAAAUCCCACGUACGGAGGUUACUCCGACAUCAUGGUAUGCGAUGAGAGCUUUGUGAUUCGCUUUCCUGAGAACCUGCCUCUUGAUGCUUGUGCUCCUUUGCUAUGUGGUGGAAUCACAUCUUACAGCCCUCUUAGACACUUUGGACUUGACAAGCACGGCCUACAUGUAGGAGUGGUUGGGCUUGGUGGCAUUGGCCAUUUAGCUUUGAAAUUUGCCAAGGCUUUUGGAGUUAAAGUUACAGUUAUCAGCACCUCCCCUGGAAAGAUGAAGGAAGCCACCGAGCGUCUAGGUGCUGACUCAUUUUUGGUUAGCAGUGACCCAGAUCAGAUGGAGGCAGCCAUGGGCACAAUGGACGGAAUCAUUGAUACUGUCUCUGCACCUCACCCUCUACUGGCAUUGCUUGGCUUGUUGAAGUCUCAUGGAAAACUUAUCAUGGUCGGUGCACCAGAUAAGCCACUUGAGCUUCCAAUCUUUCCUCUGCUAAUGGGGAGGAAGAUAGUGGCAGGGAGUAGCAUUGGGGGCAUAAAGGAGACACAGGAAAUGAUUGAUUUCGCAGCCAAAUACAACAUAACAGCAGACAUUGAACUUAUUCCAAUUGAAUAUGUCAAUACUGCCAUGGAGCGUCUAGCCAAGGCUGAUGUUAGAUACCGAUUUGUAAUAGAUAUAGGGAAUAGUUUGAAGAACUAA